AUGAUAACGGGACAAAGAAAAGUAAAGCGCCGCACCUCAAGGUCCCCACAGCAGGGAGCUGACAGCGGCGAUGGAAGCCGGGCUGCAGAGACACCCUCCGGCGAGGACUUCAGCCUGUCCUUGCUGGACACUAACUUACCACCUGAAGCGGAGACUGAACUGCGUGGUUUUAUUGCUAAGCGCCUUACUAAAGGAGCCCUUUUUGAAGGGAUGGGGAAUGUCGCAACUGUGGAGCUGAGCAUACCAGAAUAUAAAGUUGGCUGUUACUACUGUCUUUUCCGCCAAGAAAAUCUCCUAGAAAUGGCAGCACUGGAAUCGGACAUCACAGCUCCAGAAUAUGUGAUUUGUUUCUUAGGCGGUUCAGAGAAAGGUUUAGAACUUUUCAGACUUGAGCUGGACAAAUACGUUCAAAGUCUGAAGAUAAACUGUAAUCCAGAGCAAAAAACCUUGGAGACCUACGUUAACCCCUACUUGCGAAGCUGGUUUGAGAAUUCCAUAUGCCCUAUUCAGAGAGUAGUACAGCUCUUCCAGGAGAAACUUGCCUUCUUGUUACAUGCUGCUUUGGGUUACACCCCUGUGGAAGUAAAAAACUCAGAUGAAAGAACAGAGAAAGACAUUAGCAGGUUUCUGGCAGCUGCCAGCCUCCAAGGACUUGUUCAGGAAGGUACAAUGACCUCCUUGUGUAUAGCCAUGACCGAGGAGCAGGACAAGUCAGUAAUUAUAGACUGCAGUGGAGCCCAGCCUCAGUUCCAUAAUGCAGGGAGCAACAGAUUCUGUGAGGACUGGAUGCAGGCUUUUAUAAAUGCUGCUGAAGGUGGAAAUCCAUUUCUCUUCCGGCAAAUUUUGGAAAACUUUAAAUUGAAGGCUAUACAAGACAUUAACAACCUGAAGAGGUUUAUCCGCCAGGCUGAAAUGAACCACUACGCCUUGUUCAAAUGUUACAUGUUCCUGAAGAACUGCGGCAGUGGAGACAUCCUUUUGAAGAUUGUUAAAGUAGAACAUGCAGAAAUGCCAGAAGCCAAAAAUGUAGUGGCUGUCCUUGAGGAAUUCAUGAGAGAAACAGAAGUGAUUCAGACCAAUCUUAAUUAGUUGCACUAUUUUAAGGGUAUUGUAUAAAUCCUUAAU